AUGACCGACAAGCAGACUCUCACCCCGCAGCAGUCGCGCACUGUCGGGGCUCUGCUGGGCCUCCACGCAGGCGACUCUCUGGGCGCGACUCUCGAGUUCCAGCCGCAUGCCAAAAUCGCCGAGAGGUAUCCCCAUGGGCUGCGCGAUAUCAUCGGAGGCGGCCCCUUCUCGUGGCCCGCCGGACAUGCUACCGACGACACAGACAUGACCCGCGCCGUCCUGCUCGCCUACCGCGACGCCGCCCUCAAACGCUCAUCUCCUAGCAAGUCCACCCCCGUCUCCGUCUCAGACCUCGCCCGCCGCUCUGCCGAGUACUUUGUCGACUGGUAUGAGGGCAACUGGCCCGGCCGCACGCACGGCGACCUCCCCAAGGACAUCGGUGGUGCCACCGAGAGAGGCAUCACCAACUUCCGCAGCAACCCCGAUGCCCCCUCAGGCGCCGGCCAGGGAUCUGCCGGCAACGGGUCUCUGAUGCGAUGUAUUCCCACUGCCCUCUUCCAGCCGGAUCUGAGCCGCCUGGUGGCCGAGAGCCGGGCCAUCAGCGCCGUCACCCACGACGACACCAACUGCGUCAUCGCCUGCGCGGCCUACAAUGCCUGUGCCGCGGCCCUCGUUGCUGGGGCCUCGCCGUCCUAUGCCGUGCGAGCGGCCGAGGCUGCCGCGAUCCAGCUCGAGGGGCGUGGCAAGCAUGGCAAGCCGGAGCCCGUCACGGCCGCCAUCCGCGUUGGCAAGCGGUUCGAUAUCGCGAGGGCUGCUGCCCAAGGCCCGCCCCUGGAUCUCCUCCCGGGAGGCGCCUCGGGCUACGUGCUGGAGACCUUGAUUAUUGCCAUCGCCGCGGUUCUGGAUCAGCGUAGUCUAGAGGAUAUCCUGGUAGAUGUCGUCCGCAUUGGCAAGGAUACGGACACGAACGCUGCCGUGGCUGGUGGGCUGUUGGGAGCGAGAGAUGGCGAGAGCGCUAUUCCCCGGAGAUGGAAGCACCAGCUUCAGUUUGGGCUCGAGUUCCGGGACACUGCUCUGGAGAUAUUGGAGGUUCUCAAGAACAGGACAUGA